AUGGUGGAUGGAAUUAUGAAGAAAGUGCCCAAAGAUGUGAUUGUUGCUAUAAUUUUGAAAUUUCCAGUGAAAUCUCUUGUGCGAUUCAAAUGCAUCUCCCAAAAUUGCAAGGCUAUCAUACAAUCAUCCACUUUUAUCAACCAGCAUCACAACCGCUUAACAACUGCUACAGAUGAAUUAAUACUCUUCAAAAGGUCCAUCAAACAAGACACCAAUCAAUAUAAAACUAUCUUGUCUUUUCUUUCAAGUGAUGAUUGUAAUCAGUUCAACCCCAUUUUUCCAGAUCUAGAUGCGACUUACCUAAACUCUAAUUAUAGUAGUGAUUAUGAUCAACUCAUGGGUCCUUGCCAUGGUUUGAUUGCUUUGAUGAAUUUCUCUAGCACCAUAUUAGUUAAUCCGUCUACACAAAAUUAUAGGCUUCUCCCACCUAGCCCUUUUAAUUGUCCACGAGGAUUCUAUCGAUCCAUUGAAAGUGUUGGGUUUGGCUUCGACUCCAUUGCAAAAGAUUACAAGAUUGUUACAAUUUUACAUGUUUAUUUUGAAGGUCCUAGUGGAUAUCCUGAAGAGAUAACGAAAAAGGUUGAGGUUUAUGAAUUGGAAAAUGAUUGUUGGAGAGAACUGGAUCAUGUGAAUCAACAGUUGCCCAGCUUGUUUUGGUUGCCAUGUUCUCAAAUUUAUUUCAGGGGAUCUUGUCAUUGGAUUGCAAUCCCAGAGGUAGACCCACUGGUAAUUCUUUCUUUUGACAUGAGCAAAGAGAUUUUUCAAACUAUGAAAAUGCCCCAGACUUGUUAUUUCAUUGGUGGGCCAACUUAUAGUCUAGUCAUCUUAAACGAGUUUUUAACAUUGAUUUGUUACCGCUAUCAACAGCCCGUAGUUGACCAAACAAAAGAUUUGAUUGACAUUUGGAUAAUGAAUGAUUAUGGUGUAUGUGAAUCUUGGAGUAAGGAAUACACAGUUGCAGGUCUUCCUAUUGAAUCCCCAUUAUCAAUUUGGAAUGAUUACUUAUUGCUGUUUCAAAGUAAAAGUGGAAGUUUGAUGUCAUAUAAUCUCAACUCUAAUGAAGUCAAGGAAUUAAAUUUACACGGUUUUCCUGGCACUUUGAGAGUUAUAGUUUACAAGGAAAGCUUGAUUUCCAUUCCAAGAGGAAGCGAGGUUCGUGCACAGGUUGAAAAGUUCUAG